GGACUGACCAGGAUGCAAUUAUCAAUACGUUCGUCGAUUGGAUCGCAGAGGAUGUAUAUUUUACAGCUGAUAUUGGUAAUCUGUCAAAUAGUUAUUACCCAGGCGAAUCACAACCGACAUGAACCAUGUCACCACUUCCACUGUCACCACGGAGGACGCUGUCUAGCACCGUAUGACGACCCGUACUGCGUGUGUCCGGCACCUUACACAGGCAAGCACUGUGAGAUGACCAUCAUGGGACAUCAACAUCCCGGACGCUGCCCUACGGUAAACAGCAACAGGUAUACAGGUGCUCACUGUAAGAAGGACGGCCAUUGCAAAAAAACACGUAAAUGUUGUAGGAACAAGUGGGGUAACAAGGUCUGCACAAAACCUGUACGCCUUUCCAGAGAUCCUUGUCUAAAUUAUAUUUGUCUAAACGGUGGGCGAUGUAUUGCACCAGCAGAAGUUCCUUCAUGCAACUGCCCAUCUGGAUUUUACGGCCCUCAUUGUGAAGUUUCUAGGAAUCCUUGUCUCAGUUUUGUUUGCCUAAAUGGAGGAAUAUGCACAGCUCCGGCGGAUGUUACAAUAUGCCAUUGUCUUCCUGGAUUUUCUGGCACUUACUGCGAAGUCAUUCGUGAUCCCUGCCUCAAUUUUCAAUGCUGUAAUGGCGGCUACUGUACAGCCCCAGCGGAUGUUCCUUACUGUGUGUGUCCGGCUGGGUACACGGGAGUCACGUGUGAGACCAGAGUUACGUCAUCAAACGGAAGUUGUCCGGAGGUCACCAACAGCACAGAUGCGGUGUGUAGUGGAUACGUGUGUACACACGAUAACGACUGCAGCACGGAGCAGAAGUGUUGCCCAAGCCCCUGUGGUAGAUCCCUAUGUACAUCUGUUAACACAGCCAUCCGUGAUCCAUGCCUCAAUUUCCAUUGCUGUAACUGUGGCUACUGUAUAGCCCCAUUGGAUGUUCCUUACUGUGUGUGUCCGGCUGGUUACACGGGAGUCACGUGUCAGUUUCCUACCUAAUCCAGUAGUGACUGUCUGGUCACUCACAGCACACAAGUGUGUCACAAUGACACAUGUACCAAAUACUAUACUUGAUACAAAUGGUCGGUGUUACACAGUAGCUUUUCAUCGAGUCACCAAACAGUCUCUGUUUGAAAUGUGUGUUGUAAAAUAUAAAGUUAUAAAUGC